CUUAUAACCAUGUCCGCCUUCAUAUAUUCCCUCGUAUUAAGCCUAUCUCUUUGCAUCCUCAUUACACCGUCGAUUUGUGAUCAAGUUUUCUCAGAUUUUUCACCGUCUAUGGCUCUUAUGCUUAAUAGACCUUUUCCGCCUUCAAUAUUUCUCUAUGUCAAUCUCGGUGACCAUGAUGAUUACUCGGGUGAAUACGAUUCCUACUAUCGCGUUGUAGGAGUAAAUAGUGCACGUUACUCAUUACUCUUUUAUAAAUUCCCCGAAAGUUCUGUUUAUACCCUUGGUAUAGGCAGUAACUUCCCAUCUAAAUGGGUUUGGGCUGCAAACCCGAAUGACCCCGUUAGUGAUGGAGCGGCUAUUUACCUAGGGGAAGACGGCAAUCUUGUACUAGUCGAUGUUGAUGACCGUGUUGUUUGGCAAACCAACACGGCCAACAAGGGUGUGGUCGGACUAAAGAUGCUUGAGGAUGGUAACAUGGUAUUAUACGAUGCCAAUGACAAUUUUAUAUGGCAAAGUUUUGAUUACCCCUCGGAUACAUUGUUACCCAGCCAGUCUCUUAAGGCCGGGCUAACUACUAAGCUUGUAAGCCGUGCAUCAAAUACGAGUCAUUUGGAAGGGAACUACACCCUAGAGAUGAGCCCAAAAAACGUGUCUUUGUACUACAAAAGUCCAAAUAGUCCAACACCACUUCCUUACUAUCGAAUUGAUCAAAGUUUUGUACCGACAUUUUCCAAGGAAUUUAGAUAUGAUGUAUUUGUGAAAGAUUUUGAUAAUCCUAUUAGUUCCCAAACCAUUCAAUACACUACCACAAGUUCGCUAUCUAGUUCAAGUCAAGAGCUUGUCAAAACAUCAUACGAUAGCAGACUUUCCUUACUUCGACUAGAAUAUGAUGGUAAGCUACGUGUCCAUACUUUUGAUCCUAUGAUUAUUGGAGUGUGGUACGAAGAGUUCACUCUCUUCAAGGGAGAACCAUUGUCGCGUAAUCAAUUAGGAGCAACUGAAUGUCAAAUGCCUGAAAAAUGUGGUAAUUUUGGAAUUUGCUACAAAGGCGAGUGUGUUGCUUGUCCUUCCCCUAGAGGGCUCAUGAGAUGGAGUGAAGAUUGCGCGCCACCAACCGUGGGAGGAAAUAGUGGUGAUGAUACAGAUGCUAAGUACUACAAGAUGCGUGGGAUUCGACAUUUCAGUUGUAUGUACACCGAAGGUGAGGGACCUAUGAAACCAAGAAAAUGCAAGAUUAAGUGUAGCAAUGAUCCAAAGUGUGUGGGAUUUUUCUAUGAUGUAGAUAACUUAAGAUGUUGGAUUGUUUACGAUCUCAUGACUUUGACUAGAACAGAUAAUCCUAAUCAUUUAGGCUAUGUCAAAUUGUCUAACUAAUAAUUUAGUGAGGCCUAUGAAGAUUACUAAUGGAGGGGAUCAUCAAGAACCUAUUAUACUUCCUCCGGUAACUAUUAUUUGCAACAUAUACUAUAAAUGGAUGCUAACUAUUAUGUGCAACAAAUAUUUUCUUUCCUUUUUAAGUUAUCAUUUCUCUCUAUCU